GUCAACGGAGGUUGGUCGCCUUGGUCACCGUGGACAGACUGUCGAUGUCCAGGAGCAACCCUAUCAGCUGGGAAGCAGAGUACCCGCACUUGCACGAAUCCACCGCCCAGCAAUGGGGGUAAGCCCUGUCAAGGGAUCAGCGUUAGGAAGACGAAAGACUGCGUACCAUGUCCGCAAGAAGAGCUGGUGUUGGACACUGCUUACGACUAUGACAUGUACGAUAACGUGUACGCCGGCUCGAUGGUCAUCCUGGUCAGAGUGGUCAGAAUGUACUGCCGACUGUACAAAAAUCAGAAGAAGACAGUGCAUUCCAGGCAACGGAGGGAAGAAGACCUGUAGCGGAAAGGAUACACAAAGCACACCAUGUUCAGCGGAGCAGUGCAGGACCAUGGAGCUCACACGUGUCAGAGAAGGUUAG